AUGGCGACAGCAACCAUCUUUCAUCACAGACAAUUCUCGCUGUUCUUCCUUUGGGUCUGUUUGGUGCAGCUGGCAGGCCUCUACUUUUUCACCAAAGGUUUUCUGCUGACCCGCCAGAUCCUGGAGGCCAGAAGCGCCUGCGAUGAGCCUCCGAGAGCUCUCUGGCCUUCCGCCCAUGGAGAUGUUGGUGGUUGUUGGCUCCGGCCAACCUUCAAGAAAGCUGUCAUUCUGAUCAUUGACGCGCUGCGCUACGACUUUACCAUCCCCUACUCUCCUUCCAUCCAAGCAGCGGAAGAAAAGCCAUACCAUAAUGCCCUCACCGUCCUGCACACCCUCGCAAGCGAGAGACCGCGCAACGCCCUCCUCCUCCCCUUUCUUGCUGACCCCCCGACCACCACCCUCCAACGCCUCAAAGCUCUGACAACAGGCACUCUCCCGACCUUCAUUGAAGCCGGCUCCAACUUCGCUGGUUCUGCCCUCACUGAAGACAACCUCCUCGACCAGCUCCUCUCGGUUCCCUCAUCUUCCUCUCCCUCAUCCAGCACCGCGCAAUCCAAUCCACACUCGGAUCACAAUCCUAAGCAACGGCGCCUCGUCCACCUCGGCGACGACACUUGGCUCAAACUCUACCCGGACCAUUUCCUCCCACAUCUCUCCCACCCCUUCCCCUCCUUCGUCGUCGAAGACCUCCACACCGUCGACACCGGCGUCACCACCCACCUCCUUCCCCUCCUGCGCAAUGACACCCUCCGCUGCGAAUGGCUCGUGAUCAUUGGCCACUUUCUGGGGGUCGACCACGUCGGCCACCGGUUCGGGGCCGCGCAUCCGCUCAUGCGGAAUAAACUCCAGCAGAUGGAUGCGGUGGUGCGCGAGGUGGUGACGGCUCUAGACGAUGCUGACGAGGAGACCCUUUUGGUCGUCAUGGGGGACCAUGGGAUGGAUGAGAAUGGCAAUCAUGGCGGGGAGACAAUGGAGGAGGUUCUAGCUGCUGUGUGGUUAUAUUCACCUCGGACGUUUGUGGGGAGAAGGGUCGGUGGUGGUGGUUAUGAUGAUCACGACGAGGGGGCACCGGCGGUACCCCAGGUGGAUAUCGUUUCGACGCUGGCGCUGCUGCUUGGGGUGCCAAUUCCGUUUAAUAACCUUGGGAGGCCUAUUGAAGAGGUGUUUGCUUUCGGCUCCGGAGGAUGCGAUAAACAGGAAGAGAAAAUAGAUUGGCGACGGUUGGUGAGGGCGAAUGCGCUAGCUGCUGCACAGAUGGAGCGGUUUCAUGCCGAGUACACGAGGCUUUAUGGGAGUCAUAGGGGUGGUGUUGAGGUCCGCAUUGAAAGGUUUGUUCAGGGUGAUAUAGAUUUCGGGGACGAGGGCUCGUUGCAGCGGGCUUAUCGGGGGUUGAGGGAAUACCAGGCGGAGAUGUUGAGGGGAUACCGGCGGGUUUGGGCGCAGUUCAACGUCUUGAAUAUGGUCGAGGGGGUGGUGAUUCUGCUGCUGUGCGUUGUUGCAAUGGUCUGCGCUCUCGUUGAUGGGUCUUGCUUCGGUGGGCCGAAAAUCAAGCCGAAGGCGACAAUGGCUGGGAGCGUGGUGGGUAUUUUGGCUGCAGCGGCUCACUUCGUCUAUGCAGACCCUGCAUAUCACGUUGUCGAGAGUCUCAUCUUAGGCGCUACCAUAGCCAGUCUGACCGGUUUGAUCGCCGGGGCUAACUACAAUGCUGUGCGCCGGUGCUGGCAACCCGGAUUCAACAUUGGGAAGUUGCAGGCCAUGUUGUUUCCGCUGGCUCUCGCGGCUGGCUUCGCAUCAAACUCGUACACUAUCUGGGAAGAUGAGAUCCUGCUGUUCUUCCUCUCCAGCUUCGGGAUCUGCACAUUGGCCUCUGCCACCCACCCAACCUCUUCCGUUGUGUUUCUGCUACUAAUCCGCCUCGCCUCCUAUAGCCGCCUGUGUCGAGAAGAACAACUGCCCUCGUGCCGGACCACCUUCUACCGACUCGAGAACUAUGUCCCCUGGCGUAUCCUCGCCCCAUUUCUGACUGUCUUCGUUAUACUUUCGGCAAACAGACACUUGGGAGAUAGAUUCAAGCACACGUGGAACACACCCUACAUUGCUGCACUCUUUCUCCACAUUCCGUUCUGGACACUUCAGACAGCCAGCGAGCAGGGCUGGCUCUCCAACAUCAUCACAGACUACACCUCCAAGAAUGUAUGUAUAGUGAUCGCUCGAAUCGUGCUGCUCGCCAGUAUAUUUGGCCUUGGAUCCGUCUUGCUGCCCUCUCAUCACUACGAUAAACCACACAUUCUCACCACUGCCAUCUUGCUAGUAUGUGUCCUGGUGAGUCCCCCCACCAGCGGUGUUCUGCUUGCAUGCCUCUACACCCAACUCCUCUUGCUCCCACGCACUACAAGCCACCGAGUCGGACCCACCAUCGCCGCUCUCCUGGGCUCAUUCUACUUCUUCACGACCGGCCACAACGCCACCUUUGCCUCUAUCCAGUGGAAAGCCGCGUACACUGGCUUUCGGGACGUGGUGUAUCCAUGGUCCCCGCUGCUGGUCGGGGUGAACGCGUUCGCGGGGCCGAUUCUGGCGGCGUGCGCUGUUCCGUUCUUCUUCACCCCGCUUGGCGCGUCUCCUUCGCGAGAGAGCACGGCAGCCCGCGCCCAGAUGAUCCUCGCACAUGGUACCGCUUACACCCUCUGGGCCGCCGCCACGGCCAUCUGGGCGUGUCUUCUCCGACGACAUCUGAUGUUGUUCGCCAUCUUUUGCCCGCGGUUCCUACUGGCGGGGACGGUGAUGUUAAUUGUGGAUGCGAUUGGGUUAGUGAACUCGCUUGUAAUGUAG